AGCCGGACUGUGCCGCCUUUGCUGUCGUGGACUGGAGGACUAGCAGGAGGAUACAGAAAGGGUGGAAACCUGAGUCCAGCGGCGAUGAGAACUCACUCCGAGUGGAUUUCGCUGGUGUGCUGCCAGAAGCAUCUGGAAAGGAUAACACAGGGAUACACUCCCCCUCCAGAGGACCAGAGGAUAAUUCACAUCUCAGACAUUUCACUGUCUCAGCUCUGAAGUCUCUUUAGCUCGUGUUUUUAUAUGAGAUUGGCAGAAUUUGGGGUUCACAACCAGAUUUCCCUCUUUGCACCAGCGGUUUGGACAUGUUGGAUAACCGGUGCAGUCAGUGAGCGAUUGAAGGACGAGCAUCCUCACCCAGAAACAGUACAGAUUCCUGCAAGGCUUCCUCAGAGCUAUGCAGUGAAGAUGUGUGCAGCCAGGUUCAGCGGCUGCCUCAAUGGCUGUGCCGAGGAGGCCCCCGGUGGCACCUCGGGGGCUCCCGCUCCGGUCACGGCCUCCAGGAUGCUGGACUGGACAGAAGCCGGUCCCCGCAUCCUCCACAGCCUGGAGAUGGGGACGGUGAUGACCGUCUUCUACCAGAAGAAGUCCCAGCGGCCCGAGAGGAGAACCUUCCAGAUAAAGCAGGACACGCGGCAGAUAGUGUGGAGCCGAAACCCUGACAAAGUAGAAGGAGAGAUCGACAUACGAGAGAUUCGGGAGCUGCGGUUGGGGAAGGGCUCCCGUGAUUUCGAGCGCUACCCUGAGGAGGCCCGGAAGCUGGACUCCACCCACUGCUUCAUCGUGCUCUACGGGCUGGAGUUUCGCCUCAGGACGCUCAGUGUGGCUGCCUUCAGUGAGGAGGAGGUCAACAUGUGGAUCACUGGUCUCAACUGGCUGAUGACUGACACUCAGAGAGCGCCCGCACCGCAGCAGAUAGACAGGUGGCUGAGGAAACAGUUUGAAGUCAUGGACAGGAGCCACGAGGGCAGCAUCACAGUGAAGGAUGUGAAAGCUCUGCUGCCUCAGGUCAACUACAGAGUCCCCAACAUGCGCUUUCUCAAAGACAAACUACAGGAGGUGGAGGCCAGGAGCGAUCUGUCAUACCCCAACUUCGCACAGCUCUACAGAACGCUGAUGUUCGACACACAGAAGAGUAUUAUUGAGCAGCUGGAGCUCUCCUUCCCUCUGCGGAAUGUUGACAGACCAGAGCUUUGUCAGAUCUCCCUCUACGACUUCCAGAAAUUUUUACAGAUGGACCAGAAGGACUCCUGGGCAUCAGAUCUGAGUCGUGUCAGAGAGUUCCUCAUGGGGUACAUGAGGGGUGGACCGCAGCCUGAGCCCAUGCUGCAACUUGACGAGUUCCUGACAUUCCUAUUCUCUAAAGAGAAUUCCAUAUAUGAUCCUCGACUUUCGACUGUUGUUCCUGAUGACAUGAAAAGGCCGCUGUCUCAGUAUUGGAUCUCCUCUUCACACAACACCUACCUGACAGGUGACCAGUUUUCCAGUGAAUCCUCUCUAGAAGCCUACGCCCGCUGCCUGAGGAUGGGCUGCCGCUGCAUUGAACUGGACUGCUGGGACGGACCUGACGACCUGCCGAUCAUCUACCACGGCCACACUUUAACCUCCAAAAUCAAAUUCCUGGAUGUGCUGCACACCAUCAAAGAACACGCCUUCGUCACAUCUGAGUUUCCUGUGAUCUUGUCCAUCGAGGACCACUGCAGUGUGGUCCAACAGAGGAACAUGGCCACACACUUUAAGAAGGUGUUUGGAGAUCUGCUGCUCACCAAGCCAGUCGACAACAACGCAGAGGAGCUUCCCUCACCCCACCAGCUCCGCAGGAAGAUCCUCAUCAAGCACAAGAAACUGGUGGAAGGCACGCUUUAUGAAGAAGUGUCAUCAGCCAGUUACUCUGAAAACGACAUCAGCAACUCUCUGAAGAACGGCAUCCUUUACCUCGAGGAUCCCAUCGACCACACGUGGACUCCACACUAUUUUGUCCUGACCAGUAAUAAGAUUUACUACUCAGAGGAGACGUCUCACUACCAGACAGCUGAUGAAGAGGAGGACGAUGAAGGAAAAGAGGAGUGUAACAACAACGAGCAGCACUGUGCAGAGCGCUGGUUCCACGGGAAGCUUGGUGGAGGUCGCGAUGGUCGGCAGGUGGCUGAGAAGCUCCUGCAGGAGUACUGCGAGGGCGGGGCCAAAGACGGCACCUUCCUGGUCCGGGAGAGCGAGACGUUUGUGGGCGACUACACCCUCUCGUUCUGGCGGUCUGGUCGAGUCCAGCACUGCCGGAUCCAUUCACGUCAGGAGUCUGGCUCCACUCGCUUCUACCUGACCGACAACCUGGUGUUUGACACCCUCUACCGCCUCAUCUGCCACUACAGAGACACGCCUCUGCGCUGCAACGAGUUCGAGAUGAGGCUGGGCAGCCCUGUACCUCAGCCCAAUGCACACGAGAGCAGAGAGUGGUACCACUCCAGUCUGUCCCGCGUUCAGGCUGAACACAUGCUGAUGCGAGUUCCCAGAGACGGAGCUUUCUUGGUGCGAAAACGCAGCGAACACAACUCCUACGCCAUCUCCUUCAGGGCGGAGGGAAAGAUCAAACACUGUCGUAUCCAGCAGGAAGGCCGUCUCUUCAUGUUGGGCAGCUCAGCAGAGUUUGAGAGUCUGGUGGACCUUGUGAGCUACUACGAGAAACAUCCUCUGUAUCGCAAGAUGAGGCUCCGGUACCCCAUCAAUGAGGACACCUUGGACCGGAUGGGCACCACGGAGCUUGACUACGGGGCGCUGUAUGAGGUCCGCACUCCUCAUUUCUAUGUGGAGGCCAAUAAGAUGCCCACAGCCCGGUGUACGGUCAAAGCUCUGUAUGACUAUCGAGCUCAGAGGGAAGACGAGCUCUGUUUCCCCAAACAGGCGCUCAUCCUCAACGUGGACAAACAAGAGGGUGGCUGGUGGCGAGGUGACUACGGAGGAAAGAAACAGCUGUGGUUUCCUGCAAACUACGUGGAGGAGGUUCCCAGUUCUCCCACCAGAGAGCUGGAUGAAGCAUCCACAGAAAACAGUCCUCUUGGAACAUUUCUCAAGGGCUUCAUUGAUGUACCCACCUGUCAUGUAGUGGUGCACAAGGAUGGGAAGAACUCGCGGCCCUACGUGUGCACGAUCCACUCCCAGCACCUGUCCUCGCACCCAGUCCAGACUCUGGAUGUGGCAGCUGACACUCUGGAGGACCUAACCAGCUGGGUCAGCAAGAUCAGAGAGGCUACGCAGAACGCUGAUGCACGGAUGCAGGAGGAGAAGCAAAUGGAGAGGAGGAAGAAGAUUGCAGUGGAGCUGUCUGAGCUAGUGGUCUACUGCAGACCUGUCCCCUUCAACGAGGACAAGAUCGGGACGGAGAGGGCGUGUUACCGGGACAUGUCCUCCUUCCCAGAGACAAAGGCAGAGAAGUUUGCAACUCGCGGCAGAGGGAAACGCUUCUUGCAGUACAACCGCCGUCAGCUUUCCAGAGUUUAUCCCCGAGGACAGAGGCUGGACUCGUCCAACUACGACCCGCUGCCUAUGUGGCUCUGUGGCUCCCAGCUGGUCGCACUCAAUUUCCAGACCCCAGAUAAACCGAUGCAGCUGAACCAGGCCCUGUUCAUGCUCGGAGGUGGCAGCGGCUACGUUCCCCAGCCUGACAUCAUGAGAGACGACGCCUUUGACCCUUUUGACAAGGACACCUUACACGUGGAGCCAAUCACCAUCCAGUUACAGGUCCUGGGGGCCCGUCAUCUGCCUAAAAAUGGCCGCAGCAUCGUCUGUCCCUUUGUGGAGGUGGAGAUCUGUGCAGCUGAUUAUGACAGCUGUAAGUGCAAGACAGACGUUGUAGCUGAUAACGGUCUGAAUCCUGUGUGGGUGCAGAAGCAGUUUGUGUUCGACAUCCACAACCCCACCUUCUCCUUUCUACGCUUCACCGUCUACGAGGAGGACAUGUUCAGUGAUCCUAACUUCCUGGCUCAGGCGACCUACCCGGUCCGUCUGCUCCGAACAGGCUACAGGAGCGUCCCUCUAAAAAACAGCUACAGUGAAGAACUGGAGUUGUCUUCACUUCUGGUCCACAUAGAGAUCGUCAAUGCAAAGGAGGAAGACGAUGAGAACCUGUACAUGUCCAUCCAGCGGCUGCGGGAUCGAACCAGCGAACUGUCGAACCAGAUUUCCCUCCUGGAGAGGUCGGGCUCGGGGGAUCUCAGCUACCAGCAGAGUCUUUAGGAGCUCGGAGCGGCUCAGGACAGCUG